GUAGAAGUAGGGGGAUGGCGAGAGUUCAGGGCCCCGACAUCCGGCCUGCGCUGUCGGGUGCCCCGCUUCAUGAUAGACUUGAUAUUCGGAAGUCUCUCUCGGGCAAGGGAGUUGGGCUAGAGAGAGAAAGAAAUGGCAACGGGCGAGGGUGCCGAAAGUCAACAGGACGACGAGAACCUGGGUGUAGACGAAGAUGUAGAGCGAGAAGAGGACGCCUUAGGGGACCGGGAGUCAGCGAAGUCGCCAGGGGCUAGAGAAGGGAGUAAGGAAAUCGUCCCCAGUGGAAGCUCGGGGAAGGACGGAGGAAGCAAGCGAGGAAUCCAGGAAACUAAGGAGGUUAGAGACAAAGGCAGCCCAACACGCCAGCACCUGGAAGGCGCGGAACAUAAGAAGGUAAGACUGACAGAUACGCGGAAGAGGCUGGUAGAAAUAGAAAGGAGGACGACAAAAUUUAGACCAAAAUUACUGGAAGAAAUAAUGAACAAGAGCGAGAGGAACUCGGCUGACGGAAGGAUACGAGAGGAAGAGGAGGCAAGUCAAGGGAAAGGGGGUCAGGACGCUGACACACAGCAGAGGAAGGAUCGGGCCAAGGAUCCCAGGGGGACCCCAACGAGGAAAAAGAAGGAAAAAGCGGACUCUCCCGGAAGGGAUGUAGAGAGACCUACCAACCCGCCUCUCUUGGAUAGUGGCGCGAGCCGACCUUCGGCGUCCCUAGCAAUCGCUAGGGGGUGUGAGGGACUCUGGAGUUUGAGGGAGAGAGUGUUGGGGUGGUUUGAUCCGGAGGGGACUGCGAGGACGAGAGGAAGACCAGACACAAGCAAGGAAGAUUUGGGGGCCGGAUCGGCGGCAGGGUCAGGAAUGGUCGAAGGAGGGCUUAGGAAAGUUGUGUCAUCUCUCACCCGCGCGUCAAGCAAAAAUCAGGGAUACUUGGCCGACGCUAAGAAGAAACUGACCUUUGACGAAGCAAAUAUCACUAAGUUCCUGAUAGAUUAUGAGAACCUGGCGGCACUCCUGAGGUGGAGCGAGGAAGAGAAGAUGGAGCACUUAGGGCAGCACGUGUCGUUGAACCUAGGGAGGGACAUAAUGGCGAUCGUCGCCACGACUGGGUCGUGGAAGGAGGCUCGGGACGUGGUGAUGAGAAAGUACUUGGCAGCCGAGAAGAUGGCCACGGAAGCAGAAUUGGGCGCUGUGCAAAGAAAGGACUUCGCAACGUACAAUGACUUCCUGAGAGAGUUUGCUCCCGUAGCGCUGCGCAUCCCAGGGGUGACCGAUCGAAUAAUGAGCAAGUAUUUCCUAAGACAGUUCACAAAGUUCGAUAAGGACAAAAUCCUGUCAGCCUACGAGCAAACCACAAAAUUCCUGAUCACAAGGGAUGUUGACUUCAUCACGAUAACCGACAUUGCGGAGAAAAUGGUCGUAAACAACUCGCUGGCCCUGUUAAAAGAAGGGGAAGUCAUAGACCUAACGGCAAGACGGGUGAUAAGCCCUAGACUUCCUAAGGGACUCAGGCACCUAUUAACAAGGCAAAGGGUCGAAGUAGAGGAGGAAUCAGGGCACCGGGAAGAAGAGAAGCAAGAAGAAGCAUCGCAAGAAGUCGCAAACUUCCAGAGGGUCCCCGACGACCUAGAGGAUUUGGAAAAAGCCUUUGCGAAUAUUCGGCUGAGCCUGCCAGAUCGGGAGGGAGGCGAAGUCAUGAGGGCCCCUCCCGGUACGAAGUUAAGCUUUCACGCAUUACGGGUAGGCAAGCUACGGGUUCAGAUCGGAUGCCACCAUACGGAUGCGCUAGUAGAUGGUGGGGCUGAGAUCACACUCAUACGAAAGGACUUCGUGACGAUCGCGGGGUGCCCGAUAAACAGGGAAACUACCGGGAGUGUCCGGGGAGCUGGCGAGGAAAUCCCCUUCUCCGGGUAUGUCACCAAAUGCACGGUCAAAGCCGGGGUUAGGGAGGAGUCUAUAUGGUCGUUCCAACGGAUGCCUGUCAUGGACGAAAUGGACCAUGACAUAAUCCUCGGAAGACCGUGGUGUGCAAAUGUGGAAAUGAUAGGCAUGCAUCUCCAUGAUGGGGCAUGUAUGGUGGACAUAGAGGACCCAGUAACGGGGUGCGGCGAGUUGCUCCGCCUUAUCGGAACUAGGGGAGACACACCCAAAGGGAAAUUGGCAACCUGGUCGCCUUCCUUCGAGGAGAGCGCUAGAAAGGGGGCUUUCACACGAAUGGAAGGAAUGAGAGAGAGGGUGGAAAUAAUGAUAGAAGAGGCGUUCCGCAAGAAGGAGUGGGUCAAGAUGGGGCUUCCACAGAAAAAGCGGAGGCCAGAUGAAGAUGCCGUAGGAGUUAUGGUAGUGGAAAAGGAAACAAAAGUGGAACUGGGAGCGAGUCUGCCAAAGCGCGAAGAGGCCCGAGGCAAAGGCACCAGGAUAACACCAGAAAUUCCGGAUCUAUUCCACCUAAUCAAGGCGAUCAGGUAUCACAAGGUAGGAGUUGACACCGCCUCUCUCGCCAGGUGUGAGGAGAAAGUUUGGAAGGGCUACUGCCUGAAUGGUGAGUUAGUUAGCAUUCAGCCUCGAAUUGCGGAAGUAGCACAAGCAACCCCGGCGGUUCAUUUUUUUAGAAGAAAGAUCCGGGAAGGAAGCGUUCGCAAAUAUAAACCAGUAGGAAAAAAGGCGAAGCCAGUCUCGAUCUUAUUGGAAAUGACUAAGGAAGAGGCCAUGGAGAAGGAGGAAGAAGUCCUUCGGGUAAUCAAGGAAAGGAGGGCAGCCGAGGGGCAUAGGAUACCGGAUGAAGUAGCACAGACCAUGAAGAUAGGUGAGGAAGGGUUUCCGACGGAACAAGAGACACGGGUAAUCAAGGAGGCAUGCCAGGAGUUCCUCUUAGCCUUCGUCUUUAAUGACCACCAGAAGGGGCGGCUAGAUGCAAAGUUGAUUCCGCCAGUCAGAAUCCACAUAGUUGAGCAUGAGUGUUGGAAUGACAAAGGGCCCGCCUAUGACUUCGGAAUCGCGGGGGAGGUCAUGCCCAUGGGUUUUAUCAACACAGUAGCAGAAGCGCAAAGGAGGAUGCUUGUGAUCGCAGGGGACAUGUUUCCUGCGAGGUGUGAACCCUAUAUCGAUGACAAUCCCGUAAAAGGGGUACGUGAAAAGGAUGAGACGGAGGUGCAGUCGGGAGUGAGAAAAUUUGUGUGGGACCACCUACAGGAUAUCAAAGAGCUGCUCCGGAGGUUCCCAGCGUAUAAUAUAACUGCUAGCGGCCCAAAGAGUAUCCUGGCAGUUCCGGAAGUCACCAUUCUGGGAUUCCGUUGCGAAGAUGGGAGAGAGCGUCCCAUUAGAUUCGAGAGUAGAACACUCAACUCCGCCGAGCGUCGCUAUUCUCAGUUCAAGGAGGUGCUUGCGAUACUCCACUGCCUCAAGACCUUCCAAGCGUAUCUCUUUGGGAGAAGGUUCAUAUUGAGGAUAGAUCCGACCAAUGUCGCGGGAGCCUUAAAGAACUAUAGGCCUAUCGAUCCCACCGUGGGAAGAUGGGUAGGGUUGAUUUGGCAAUUUGACUACGAGAUUGAGCGUAUAGUUGGUGUUAGGAAUCGAGCAAACGGCCUGAGCAGGGUGAGCCUUACGCCGGAGGGACUAGAAGAAGCAGAGCCGAUCGAUGCAUUCCUCGAUCACGAAGGAGGGACUCUGGUGGUGGAUAAUGAGAUGGCUGGGACCGCCUGCAUGACCGGAGAAUUGUUUAUCAAAGUGUUAGAGAAGGGGCCUUCCACGGUGGUAGCAGAACUCAGAGAAGGGGUGGUCACCAAAGUUGGACGAAAGGAGGAGAAGGACGCUUGGGGUAGUAUUGUGGGGCCUCGGGAAGAACGGAUGGCACUAGCCAUAGAAGGCGGGUGGAGAAGGGUGAUGAACGUGGUGGAGUCAUGGGAACAGGAAAAGCAACAGUACGCGGUUAGCCAAAUGUGUGACGCUCAGCCGGGCUCCCGGCAGGAGGAGGAGUUCUUUUUCAUCAAGUCGUACGAUGGUAUUUUUAGGGAGAUUGGGCUGCUGUUGGUAGGAAACAAGGAUGGCCACGAAGUCAGUCCUAAAGCCAGAGAAGAGGCAGACAAGUAUGUGCUAAGGAGAGGGCACCUGUUUCGGAAAGAGGAGGGCUUGACACCCAGGAGAGUAGUAUGCGGGAAGACGAGACAGGUAGACAUAAUACAGGCGAUGCAUGAUGGGUUGGCCGGCGGGCAUCGGUCCUCAAAGGGAGCGGAGUACGACGCGGGUGUUUGGCCACUCAGGCCCACACGAGUGUUGGGGCCAGGACAUAUGGUGCAUCUCGAUCUGGCAGUUAUGCCAGUAUUGACAAAGGGGUACAAGUACAUACUCGAUGCUAGGGACAACCUUAGCGGGUUUGUGGAGGCCAUGGCAAUAAAGAAGAAAACAGGGCUGGCAGUGGCCGAUUGGGUUGAAGAUUUCUACCUGAGGCACCCGUUCAUCAGGAGGUUUAUAGCCGACAAUGGGACUGAGUUCGUAAAUCAAGACGUCUUGAACACCUGCAAGAGGCUAGGGGUGCCCCUCAAGCUGAUUGAACCAUACCACCUGGAGGCUAACGCGCCGGUAGACAGAGGGCAUCAGACGCUCAAGAACACGAUUGCGAAGCUGGCAGCAGACGACCUCGGGAAUUAGCCCAAGUACCUCUGGCAAGCUGUGUUCGCUGAGAACGUGACUCCUAAGGGUACCACGGGAUGUGUCCCGACAGAAUUAUGGUAUGGAAGGGAAAUCGACUUCCCGAUAAAAACCUUAGUACCCAUAUGGAACAAACUGGAGGAGGACCCUCACCUGACUACGGAACAAUUGAUCGAGGCUAGAUGCGAGCAGGCGGCUAAAAAUGAGGAAGCCUUGGAAGAAAUUGUGAACAGGGUCUUUGAUAGUCGGAUGAAGGAUAAGAGCAGGUUGGACCAACUAAAGAAUAUUAGGAAGGAGCCAUUGCAAGUGGGGGAAAUGGUUCUGAUCAGGAAUUCGGCACUAGAAAGCACAUGGUCGAGACAACUAGGGCGAAGAUUCAAGGGGCCCUAUCGUGUCACUAAGAGGAUGGGAAUGAACACCUUUUAGGUUG